AUGAAAAACUGUCCCAAUAACAGCAUUGUGAGUAAAGUAGUAGGAGCCACAGCAGGAACAACUGCUCAAGUCAACCACCAACAAGCCGCCCAUUUUAAUCUGAUUACGAAUCCAGCAGCAGUGGCUGCGGCGGCUAAUCCGUUAUCUGCUACUGCCGCUGCCAACAUAAACAAUAGUCUCAUCACCCCGCCAUCGAUUAUGACAAACGCAAAUAAUGCUAUUAUCCUAGCAGCUCAUCACCAGCAACAUCCGGCAACAAUACACCAACAUCACCCGUUUGCUCCGAAUCACCAUCCGCAUCACCAUCAUCAUCUGAUAGCAGCAGCAGCAGCAGCAGCAUCGGCCAAUCCGACAGCAACGAUGGCACCAAUAGCAACCGCUGCCAAAUUCUACCAUCAUCAACCAACGGCAACGAUCGUGAACUCAAUGCUAGCACCGGUAUCAUCUAGUUCAGCAUCUUCCCACAGCAUUCACAGCGGUCGGCAGCUGCCGGUGCGAACAAUCACUGCAGUCGUUGGUGCAAUGACAACCGUUGCAACCCUAGCAUCGACUGCAGCAACGACGGUGCUAUCUCCUUCAUCUUCCGUGAGCGCCAAUGGAAUUGUUCCUCAAAGCAAUGGUAGUAAUAAUAGUAGUAGUUGUAACAACAGUAGCAGUAACAGUAUUGCAGCCGCCGUCGCUGCUAUCAUCAAUAGUAAUCUUAACUUUAGACAGAGCAACCAUCGUAGCAACAGCAUUUCUACUAAUAAAACAGGUGUAAAAGUUCCCAGUAACAACAACAACAACAACAACAACAGUGUGCUCGGUGGUAAUGACAGCAGUAGUAUCGAGCAUAAUCAUCUCAAACACAAACUUAACAGCGACAAUGACAUUAGUACAGCAUCCGCAGAACAUAGAAACGGAGAGGACGACAAUUCUGUUCGAAAGAAAAUGAAACUGGAAAAUGGUGGCAGCGAGUAUAUUGGUGACACUUGCAGCAGUAAUUUCGUUAAAGUGGAAGGGGCAGCCACAGCAACGACGACCAUAAUGACAACAACAACAUCAACAGCAACAACGAUGACGACCACACAAAUAACAAACAACGUCGGUAAUGUGGAUAUUGGCAAAAUCAAGCAAGAAAGAUGA